AAAGUGUUUGACAACAUCGGGAAAAGGUAAAUUUAACCGUUAGGAACCAAGACUUUCUUGCGAAUCCAUUGUCAAAUUCAACUCUCUCUCUAUACAAAUCUCUCUCUCCCUCUCUCUCUCUCUGUCCACUCUCUCAGCUCCAUCUCUCUCUCGCUCUCUCCAUCUCUCUCUCUCUCCCCCCUCUCUCUCUCCACACGCACACUCUAACACUCUCUCCACACACACAAACACUCUAACACAAAUCCUACAAAACCCUAAACCCCCAAUUCUACACACAAACCGAGAAACCCCCCAAACAAUGGAAAAUUCUAGGGUUUCAAACCACUCCUCCACCUCCGCCUCCCUCACCAACACCACCAACGCCUCCCACCAAUUCAACAUCACCGGAUACGCCUUGUCCAAAGGCAUGGGGAUCGGAAGGUACAUUGCCUCCGACACGUUUAUGGUGGGUGGACAUUGCUGGGCCAUUUACUUUUACCCCGACGGAAAGAGUACUGAGGAUAAUUCCACCUACGUCUCGUUGUUUAUUGCGCUGGCUAGUGAAGGGACCGAUGUGAGGGCGCUGUUUGAGCUGAGUUUGAUGGAUCAGAGUGGCAAAGAGAGGCAUAAGGUGCAUUCGCAUUUUGGGAGAGUGCUGGAUAGUGGUCCAUAUACGCUGAAGUAUCGUGGUAGCAUGUGGGGUUAUAAACGUUUCCUCAAAAGAACUACUCUGGAAACAUCGGAUUACCUUAAAAAUGAUUGCCUCUUGGUUAAGUGUACUGUUGGGGUUGUUGAAUCCCAUACAGAGGGUCCCAAGAUAUACUCUAUAUCUGCACCACCAUCGGAUAUCGGUCAGCAUUUUGGGAAACUUUUAGAAAAUGGAGAUGGAGCUGACUUGAAAAUUGAGGUUGAUGGGGAAUUUUUUACAGCUCACAAGCUGGUUCUUGCUGCACGUUCUCCUGUUUUUAAGGCUCAACUUUUUGGUCCAAUGAAAGACAGAGACACAGAAUGUAUUAAAAUCGAGGAAAUGGAAGCUUCAGCGUUUAAGGCAUUACUCCAUUUUAUAUACUGGGAUAGUCUGCCUGACAUGGAAGAUCUUAGUGAUCCAAGUUCCAAAUGGGUUUCUUCUUUGAUGGCCCAGCAUCUGCUAGCAGCAGCAGACAGAUAUGGGCUUGUGAGGCUUAGGUCACUCUGUGAAGCUAAGCUUUGUGAGGAUAUUGCCAUUAAUACUGUAGCCACGACUUUAGCUUUGGCAGAUCAGCAUCAUUGUUUCCAGCUGAAGUCUCUGUGUCUCAAAUUUAUUGCCCUUCCCAAAAAUCUAAAAGCUGUAAUGCAAACAGAUGGAUUUGAUUACUUACAGCAGAGUUGCCCUUCCGUCAUCUCUGAGUUGUUGCUGUGUGUAGCAAGGGUCAACGAACAUUCUGUUAUCUCUAAUGGUCAUGGGGAUGAAGCUUCUCUUGAUGGCGCUGAUAUAAAUGGUAGGCGGGUGAAACAAAGAAUAUACUGAGCAAAAAAGAAGCAAACCAACCAACAUUUGUCAUCUAGCAAUGAUUGUAAUUUUUGUACGUAGUGAUUUUCGCUUAGUAAAACAGCUUCUAAGACAGCUUGUGAAUCAUAUUUACCAUCAAUGGCGCCCUAGAUGGUAUGUCAAUACUGAGGACUGAGGAGGGUCUUUUUACCUUGAUUUUUUCCUCGUCUUUUCUUGCAUUAAUAAUGUACAAUAUUUGUUGACACAAUUUGUUUGUCUCGGAGCUUCAUCUUAAAUCUGUUAACUGAUUAGUUCCUCUAAAACUGUGGUAGAGGGAGAGCUUAGCAGUGCAUAUAUUAUAUCCUACAAAAUCAACUGUGUUUGAUUGAGGACGUUAUUGCAUAA